AUGGCAAACCCAGCUGCUGUCAAUGCCAAUUCCCAGAUCGACAUCAACGCCCUGCUCGGCAACCUCAAGAAUGCGGCCGGCACCAACGGACCACCUUCUCAGAUGCCGACAGGCCAUGAAUAUGCCGCCGCUGGUUAUGCUCAGCCUCCAGGAGGCUCCAUGCCACCCACCGGAAACGGUGCUAUGCCAGGCGGUGCGGAUCCAUCUGCCCAAGUCGCGACUAUCAUGCAGCAGCUUGCCCGUUUCAGACAGUGA